AUGAGCUCCGACGACAACGCUGCUGCCUCCACGCCUGCGGUCAUCGCCACAGAACUGAAGCUACCAAAUUUUUGGCCGAAAAAUCCAAGGGUUUGGUUCAGCCAAGUGGAGGCCCGUUUUCAGCUCCGGCAUAUCACCUCGCAGUCGACAAAAUAUCUUCACGUCGUCGCAGCCCUGCCCCCCGAAAUCGCCGACGCUAUCGACGACAUUUUGGUUUCACCCCCCGCGCAAGAACAAUAUGACACCCUCAAAAAGACGGUGCUGGACCGCCUCGAGGCGCCUGAAGAAAGCAGACUGCAGCAGCUCUUGUGUCGCGAAGAGCUGGGCGACCAACGACUUUCCCAACUGCUGCACCGUAUGCGGCAACUACUCGGUGUGCACGCGCGUCAGGACGGCCAGCUCCCACUUCUUCGUGAACUUUUCCUGCAACGGCUCCCCCAGUCGGUGCGCGUGGUGCUCGCAGGUUCAAAUGAGACGUCCCUUGAUCAACUAGCGCAACUUGCCGAUCGCAUCACGGAAUACUCAACUCCAACCUUUGCGCCCAUAGCUGCUGCAAGAACACAUGAGCAACCAGAUCGACUGUCGCGCCUUGAGGAGAAACUGCAACACCUUACCGAGACCAUGCAGAAACUUGUGCUAUCUGGCGCUCCCCAACAGGACGAGCAACGACGCAACCGAUCCCCUUCAAGACACCCAAGCUCUUCCCAGAGAAGCCAUGCACGAGAUACACAGGACGGAUCGUUAACGGCGGCUUACGACAUCGGCCCUCCACCCAGCCGCCUGUUUUUCGUAGUCGACCGCGUAAGCAACUCGCGCCUGCUAGUCGACACGGGAGCCGAAAUCUCUAUUGUCCCGGCAACCCCCGAGGAUCGCCGACGUAGCAAGAACACAUCGUCGCUGCAGGCAGUGAACAACACUGCCAUCGCUACGUACGGCUUCCGCUCGCUGACAAUAGACGUCGGACUCAGGCGCCUGUUUCGCUGGGUCUUCGUGGUGGCGGAUGUUAAUUUCGCCAUACUCGGAGCAGAUUUUCUCAGCCACUUCAACCUGGAUGUGAGCGUACGUGACCGUUGCCUCAAGGAUAACAACACAUCCCUCAAAGUACGUGGUUUGGAGUCAAACAUCUGCUCAUCUGGCAUCUGCGCCUUCCAGCCAGUAUCAGCCUACCACCACGUCCUGGCCGAAUUCCCCUCGCUCACCAAGCCCCGCAACACGGAACAGCCGGUGAAACAUAACGUGACUCACCACAUCGUCACCACCGGGCCGCCAGUCACCGCCCGGCCACGACGGCUGUCCAGCAAAAGGCUUCAAGCUGCACGCAGGGAGUUCGAGCACAUGCUGCAGCUGGGAAUUGUUCGCCCUUCGUCUAGCAACCAUUCAUCGCCGCUACACAUGGUGCCUAAGGACGACGAUUGGCGCCCGUGUGGUGAUUACAGAGCCUUGAACGCAUCGACAACGCCGGACCAGUAUCCUCUGCCACACAUUCACGAUUUCAGCGCGCGGCUGGCAGGUACGAAAAUAUACAGCAAGAUCGACCUUGUAGCGGCAUACCACCAAAUCCCCGUCGAACCGCAGGACAUACCAAAAACAGCCAUAACAACUCCGUUCGGCCUGUUUGAGUUUGUCCGCAUGCCCUACGGCUUGAAAAAUGCCGCACAGACCUUUCAAAGGUUCAUGGAUGAAGUCACCCGGGGUCUUCCUUUCAUCUUUGUCUACCUGGAUGACAUUUUGGUGGCCAGCAGAACGCCUGCGGAGCACGAAGAGCACCUCCGCCAGCUCUUUCAGCGUUUGGAUGAGCACGGUCUGGUGUUGAAACCUCAAAAGUGCGUGUUUGGAGUAGAGGCGCUCAACUUCCUCGGCCACCACAUCACUGCUGAGGGCAUUAUGCCAUUGGAAUCGAGGGUGGAAUCCGUCAAGAAGUUUCCAGCUCCAACAUCUUUUCGCAAGCUGAGGGAGUUCCUCGGGCUCUUAAACUUCCACCGGCGCUUCAUUCCGUCUUGUGCUCGAGUGCUCCAGCCAUUGACCGACCUGCUGCGCCGAGACGACCAAAAGGCACCAGAAUUUUGUUGGUCUGACGAACACCAGAACGCUUUCCAGAAAGCUAAGGACGAGCUAGCCGCGGCUACCCUCCUCAUUCAUCCACGGCCUGAAGCUCCUACACGCCUCAUGGUGGACGCUUCCUCCACAUCGGUCGGAGCAGUGCUGCAGCAACAGGAGGGCGCCCAGUGGAAGCCACUGGGCUUCUUUUCGAAACGUCUGAAGCCUGCAGAAGCACGGUACAGCACUUUUGGAAGGGAGAUGCUCGCAAUCUAUUGUUCCAUUAAGCAUUUCCGCUACUUCCUCGAAGGCCGUGAGUUCUACAUCUUGACAGACCACAAGCCCCUCACCUACGUAUUCAAAAACAACAGUUCCUCCUACUCAGAACGAGAGAUCCGUCAGCUCUCAUUCAUCUCCGAGUUUUCGACAGACAUCCGCCACGUUCCCGGGGUCGAAAACGAAGCAGCUGACGCCUUGUCUCGCGUCAACGCUUCCGGCACAGAAGUCCUGGACUUCGAAGCCAUGGCCGCAGCUCAGCGGGACGACCCCGAGUUGACAAGACUGAAGGGAGGGGGAUCUUCACUCGUGCUCUCGGAGGUUGCACUUCCCUACGUGCAGAGCACGAUAACCUGCGAUACCUCCCAGGCAGCACCACGACCUUUCGUCCCACUGAACUUUCGCCGAGUGGAAUUUCGGACUCCUGAGUCGCGGUUUGACCACGUUCACCUCGACCUCGUGGGACCACUACCGCCCUGCCAAGGAUUUAGGUACCUGCUCACAUGCAUCGACAGGUACAGCCGGUGGCCCGAAGCUAUACCAAUUGCGGACAUAUCAGCUGAGACCGUCGCGCAGGCCUUCAUUCAAACAUGGGUGUCCCGCUUUGGCUGCCCCGCCCGCAUAACAACUGACCGGGGACGGCAAUUCCAGAGCAACCUCUUUUCCGCACUUUCAACGCUCCUCGGCACGAAGCUGCAGCAUACAACCGCCUACCACCCCGCCAGCAACGGAAUGGUUGAGCGCUUCCACCGGCAACUCAAAGCCGCACUGGCAGCGAAACUCGACCGCCAGCACUGGGUGGAGAAGCUCCCGCUCGUUCUUCUUGGCCUACGCUCAACGGUGAAGGAAGACCUCGGCUUCAGCGCAGCGGAAAUGGUCUACGGCUCAACAGUGCGCCUCCCGGGAGAAUUCUUCUCCGACCAGACACCUUCCGCCCCAACAGCCUCCGAUCACAUCGAGAAGCUGCGCGCAUGGCUCGCGCAACUCAGGCCAACAGCACCUCGCAUCGCCCGCAACAGGAAAGUUUUCACUUUUCCUGACAUGGACUCUGCUACCCAUGUGUUCGUGCGACACGACGCAACGAAGCCGCCCCUUACUCCGCCGUACGAUGGCCCAUUCAAAGUUUUGGGACGUACUAACAAAACCAUCGCAAUCGACGUGCGGGGGAAACGAGAAGUCGUCGCCGUUGACCGCGCCAAGCCUGCUCAUAUUGAGGUUUCCAUUCAAGCAGCCUCUCACGUACGAUUUCAGUGCUAA